AUGGGCUCCCGUUUGCACCUCCGAGACAUCAAACAUGGACCCCCGCUUCCCUAUCACGAUGAUAUUCGUGCCUUCACCAAGGAAUACGCCGAGUCUCUCGAUGCGCAGGACCCUUUGCGCAAAUUCCGAGAUGAGUUUAUCAUUCCUUCCAAGAAGGACUUGAAGCGGACCGUCCUUGCAGCCGAUGAAAACACCGAUGACUCGACUGAUCCUCGAUGCAUCUACCUCUGCGGAAACUCCCUGGGUCUACAGCCUCGGAGCACACGGAAGUACAUCGACCGCUAUCUCAGGACGUGGGCAAUUAAAGGUGUAACGGGACAUUUCACCCCGCACGACGACCAGUUACUCCCCCCGUUCGUGGAUGUUGAUGUAGCCGGGGCCAAGCUCAUGGCCCCAGUUGUUGGUGCACUCGAGAGCGAGGUAGCAGUCAUGGAUACGCUGACAACGAACUUGCAUUUGUUGAUGGCUAGCUUCUACCGCCCGACGCAAGAGAGGUACAAGAUCAUCAUUGAAGGGAAAGCAUUUCCCAGUGAUCAUUAUGCUGUUGAGUCUCAAAUCAGACAUCACAAUCGUGAGCCGAGUGAGGCCAUGGUUCUGAUCGAGCCGGAGGAUCCCAAACAUCCCAUUCUUACCACUGACCAAAUCCUCCGUGUGAUUGAUGAGAAUGCCUCGAGCGCUGCGUUGAUCCUUCUAUCCGCAAUCCAAUUCUAUACUGGUCAGUAUUUUGACAUUAAAACAAUUACCGCACAUGCGCAAUCAAAGGGGAUUAUUGUGGGAUGGGACUGCGCACACGCGGCUGGAAACGUCGAUUUGCAACUCCACGAUUGGAACGUUGACUUCGCUGCCUGGUGUAAUUACAAAUACCUCAACAGUGGUCCAGGCGGUAUGGCUGGCUUGUUCGUCCAUGAAAGACACGGCCAUGUAGAAUCGAAGAAUGGUGCUCAGAACGAAGGGUUCCGUCCACGCUUGUCCGGUUGGUGGGGUGGAGACAAGGAAACCCGUUUCCUCAUGGAUAACAACUUUCGACCUCAGGUAGGUGCAGCGGGAUUUCAGUUAUCAAACCCGUCGGUCCUGGAUAUGAAUGCAGUGGUUGCUUCCCUGGAGAUUUUCAGCCGGGCAUCGAUGGAGAAGAUUCGUCAAAAGUCUCUACACUUGACCGGUUACUUGGAGCAUCUCCUCGUGACAUAUCCUCUUGAUGCGCCUCCCGAGGAGAAGCCGUUCACUAUUAUCACACCAUCGAAUCCAGCCGAGCGCGGUGCACAGCUCAGUCUACGAUUGGGGCCUGGUCUCCUCGAAAAGGUUCUUGAGGUGCUGGAAGAACAGGGUGUCAUAAUCGAUGAGAGGAAACCGGACGUUAUCCGGGUUGCGCCUGCGCCCCUUUACAAUACAUAUGCCGAGUUGUCUUCCUCUGGUAUCCAUAUUGCGUACAGUAGCUAUAAUCAAUACUCUUGA